ACCCUCAGGCUAUGAUCUUCCAGUAUAUUUACCAAUGGAUCAUUUCUUUUGCAUCUCCACUUGUGCGAGUGACGGUUUUGCCCUCAGGCCAUGAUCUUCCAGUACAUUUACAAACGGAUCAUUCCUUUUCCUUCACAUCUCCAUUGUGCGAGCGACAGCUUCGCGCGCAGCUCGCAAGUUCUGCCAUUGACUUUAUGCUCUCGUUUACGCCAGACUUUUCAGCGUUUGCUCAGAUGCGCAAGAGACACAGACAUCGUGGCGUUCUCAAUGGACGCGAUAUCCUUGCUGGAACUCGUUUCUUAUUCGCAGCUUAAUCGCUGUACAUGGACAAAAUUUGAUACUAGAUGUGGUAAUAUCUCUCGUUAUAAAGCUAGUUCAUUUUGUUAAGAGUUCUCUCACUUGCGCCCAAAUCUUUACCACCAUGGCCCGUUGGCUAGUGAUACUCUCUGCGCUUUUUCUAUCGGCCGAUUCAAGUGCCCAAUCACACACGCGAUUAGCUACGCAUUCGCGUCCGAAAUUAACUGUUCGCUCCCAGACAGACACAGCGUCAUCUUCGCCAGCAAACACAACUAUCAUAUACUCGGACCGUGCAAGCUACGUCAAUGUUUUCAUAGGCACAACCAAUGGAGGACAUGUUUUCCCCGGUGCCACUCUUCCGCAUGGGAUGGUGAAAGUCGGGCUUGACACUGAUUCCCCGGGAAAUCAAGCGGGUUACGAUGCCGAUGCAACAUUCAAUGCUACCGGUUUUUCGCAGCUGCACGAUUCAGGGACUGGUGGUGGUACACCGCUAUCCAACUUUAAGCUCUGGCCUCUGCCUGAAUGCGACUCAUUCGCAUCCUGUAACACAUCCUUGCUUACCAGAAAGACGUUACGGAAAGUCCUUCCUGAUGGUUCUCCUGACGAUGCUGGUUCGCCUGGUUACUUUGCGACGAAUCUCUCUACUGGCGUUCAGGUGGAGUUGACUGCUUCAGGUCGUACUGCACUUCACCGUUACACAUUCCCGCCGUCGUCACGCGAACCUCGUAUUGUUGUGGACAUCACGAACGAUGGCAUGGACAACACCACAGCACCUGUUGUUAACAUUAACCCUACUACUGGGCGCGUCACAGGGGGAGGCAGUUUUGCUUCAGCGUUUGGUCCUGGAAGAUACAAAGUCUAUACUUGUGUAGAUUUCAAAGGUGACGGUCAUGACUUCAAGGCUCCCACUGAAUACGGGCUUUGGCUGGGGAAUACUCCUGUGCAGAAUAGCACACAGGCCAAUCAAUUAAACUCCGGCUUCGCGUCUGAGAUGGGUGCUCUGAUGACUUUCCCGCCCUCUCCUAAUUAUAUUCACACGACCAUCCUUGCACGUGUCGGUGUUUCAUUCAUUUCCUCUGGUCAGGCCUGCGCCAAUGCUGAAUCAGAGAUCCCGGACUUCAAUUUCGAUAAGACCGUCGCAACAGCACGAGAAGCAUGGAACGAACUUCUAUCCCGAAUCCAAGUCGAUACUCAGGGCGUGGACAAAGAAAUUACUGAACUGUUCUACUCAUCAUUUUACAGGACGCAUAUUUCUCCCGCUGAUUACACUGGCGAAAACCCCAAAUGGAAUUCCACCGAGCCUUAUUAUGAUUCCUUUUACUGCAAUUGGGACACUUACCGUACCCUGUAUCCUCUAAUGUCGCUUCAUGACCCCGAGGUGUUCGCCCGCAUCGUUCGUGGAAUGAUCAACAUUCAACAGCAUGAAGGUUGGUUGCCUGAGUGCCGUGACGCUACUCUUCAGCAGUGGGUCCAAGGUGGAAGCAACGGCGACCCUAUUCUCGGAGAAUUCUUUGUCAAAUUUUAUGAGCAUGCUAGCGCUCUGAAUGUCUCAGCUCAUAGUCUGUACAUUGCCCUUCUUGCUGAUGCAGAAAAACAACCACACGACUGGGAUCUCCAAGGAAGACAGACAACUGCCUGGAAAAAAUACAACUUCAUCCCUUCUGACAUUGAUGACUUGGGAGGUACCGCCACUAGGCAAGUCUCACGUACAUUAGAGUACUCAUUUGAUGACUUUUCCAUCUCGCAAGUUGCAAGAAUUCUCAACAAAACGAAUGAUGUAGCCAAGUACCAAGCCCGAGCGGGAAACUUCAUCAAUGUCUGGAAUGAGAAGGUCACACUUCCCGGAAAUUCCUCGAUCAAGGGCAUGAUGCAGCCUCGCUUCGCAGAUGGGCAGUGGAAUUACACCGACCCUCGUCAUUGCAGUGUAAAUGAUCCUCUCCAUUCAACCUGUUACCUCGAUCCUACAAACAUUGAUGGCUUCUAUGAGUCAUCUCCUAUGGUGUAUUCUCAAUAUGUUCCUCAAGACACAGCCAAGUUGAUCUCGUUGCAGGGAGGCAACGAGUCAUUCAUAAAUCGACUGAACUUGAUCUUCGAUCAGAACUACUUCGAUGUCACAGAUGAGCCAUCUCAGCAAAUUCCUUUCAUGUACCACUACGUCAAUCGGCCUGGUCUCAGUACCCGACGCUCCCGGAUGAUAAUGGCUGAGUCUUACAAUACCACGGUCAGCGGUCUUCCGGGUAAUGAUGAUUCUGGCGCCAUGGGCAGCUACGCCGUUUUCUACCUCUUGGGCAUGUACCCGCUUCCAGCAACACGCCAAUACCUUCUCGCUUCGCCCUAUUUCCCAAAGGUCACGUUUUAUAACCCGCUUUUUAAUACCACGACGACGAUCAUUGCCAAAAAUUUCACGGGCAACCCUCACAAUGGCGUUGGUGGAACAGUCUUUGUCAAGAGCGUGACUAUCGAUGGCAAGUCAUGGCAUUCAAAUUGUUACCUAGACUGGGAUGUCUUUAUCAAAGGCUCCACCGUCGAGCUUGAGCUCACUGAUGAUAUCAAUAACACGUGCGGAGAAGGACCUCACGCUCUGCCCCCCUCCCUUUCGACUGGUGGAUACAGUGGAUCGAUUUGAAAAGAAAAUUGGGACCGAUUAGGUAGACCACGUUCAUAUCCUGGUGCAUUGCAAUUGCCUUGUCAGACAUUUGAAUAACUGCACUUCCAACUCGCUGUAUGACCA